AUUACGGCAACGGGCUACGGUGAACUGCUUCUUACAGCUUCCCCGCCACCACGAGUCUUCCAAACAUGCCAGCUAUUAUUACAGGAAAGAUCCUCGUCACCGGCGCAAACGGUUUCAUUGCCCGGUGGAUCAUCAAGGACCUGCUCGAGCACGGUUUCUCUGUCCGCGCUACGGUGCGCUCUUUGGAGAAGGCCGAUGCGCUCAAGCCUGUCCUCGCGGCAACGUACGGCGACCAUCUCGACUUUGUGACCAUCGACGACUUCACUGCGAAAGACGCAUUCGACGAAGCCCUGAAGGGCAUCGACGGAGUCGUGCACACUGCCCACCCCGUCGACGCUACCACCGACGACCCCGAGGAGUUCAUUGGCCCCGCGGUCCAGAGCGUGACGGGGAUUCUCUCCGCGGCCAGCGCCCCAGGCUCGACCAUCAAGCGCGUCGUCUACGUCUCCUCCGUCUCCGCCGUCAUCGAUUCCCAGCGCAUCCACGGGCUCCCAGACGUCUUGACGGACAAGGACUGGAACGAGACGGACGUCGCGGCGGUCAAGGAGAAGGGCACGACGUCGAGCGGGUUCGAGAAAUACCAGGCGAGCAAGACGCUCGCGGAGCGCAAGGCGUGGGAGGGGUAUAACGAGGAGAAGGCGAAGGGCACCAACGGGUGGGAUUUGGUGACGCUGUGCCCGCCCUGGGUGUUUGGGCCCUAUCUGGGGGAGGCGACGCCCGAGGCGCUGAACUAUUCGAUGGGGUCGUGGUACAGGACGGUCGUGCAGGAGGCGUUGCCGCUCCCUGCGCCGCUCAACGUCAACUGGAUAGACGUGCGCGAUUUCGCUGCGGCGUCCCGCCUGGCGCUCACCAAGCCCGAAGCGGGUGGCGAGCGGUUCCUCGUUGCUGCUGGUGCCUCUGUAUGGGGUCGAUGGGUGAAUACGGCCCGGCGCGCCCUAGGCAAAGCCGGCGAGCCGAGGCCAGAGAGCCCCGAAGAUGGCCAGAAGCUGGUCGGCUUGGACAGACAGAAGUCUCUGGACCUGCUCGGUCUCAAGUACCGCACACUCGAGGAGACCAUCGCGUUCAUCCUCGAUGACUUCAAGAAAAGGGGCUGGGCUUGAGGGAGCUGGAAAGCGCCGUGACGAUUCCACUGACUUGAAUGACUUCGUGGAACGAGACCCAUCUGGACGGUAUAAUGUAGAA